AUGGGAGUUUGGGAGCUUUACAACUCCAGCGGCUUACAUAAGAAUGUCAUCGAAGCGCUCAUCAAGGAGAAUGAACUCUCAGACGAGUCCUACUCUACAGUGGCGGCUGUUGGUGUCGAGGGCUCAGGCAAGACCACGUUUCUGAACGAAGUUUUUGGCACGACUUUUCCGGAAAGCAAAGGCGUGUCCGAUCGAUUUAAUGGGCCUUCACCUUCAGGCGGCCGCGGAGCCCCAGGAGGCGCUCGUGCAUCGCCGCCAGUUGGCCGCGGUGAGCAAGAUGCGCCUGAAGUGCGUGCGUCCAAAGGUGGCACCGUGCGCCUGAGCCGAGCGGAGCCGCUCGCACGCUCCCUUAUUCUCGCCCAGCCACCUCAAGAGCUACUGGUUUUGGAUGUGGACGGUUUGUCUACAAGCACCUUGGGGGCGGGCUCCGUCCUGCAAGUCCGUAGGCAGGGUCUGUCGGGGGCUGUACAUGACGGGGCUACAGCUGUGGAGCUUGGCGUAGCCAUGGCCGACGUGCUCGUUUUCAACGUGCAGUAUCACAGCUUGUCCAGGUCAACGGCAUCUGGCCUGCGUGGUCUGGGCAGCGCCCUUGAGACCUAUCUCCGUCUUUGCGCGUCCGGCAUGCUUCAUGGGAUGGGUCCGAUGCCGCAUCCGUCACGAAAGCGCAUGCUUUUGGUCAUCGUGCGCGACUUCGAGGAUGAAGAAGUUUCCCGGGACGAAGUUGCUGCGGCUUUUCAGGAGGAUCUCAACGCGCUGUGGUCCAGAAUGACGAAACCCUCUCGUUUAGGAAAUUCGAGAUUCAGUGAGUUCUACCAAACAGAAUAUGCGUUUCUGCCAAGCGCUUUACUGCGGAAGAUUGAUUUCAUGCGGCGCGUUGGAGAGCUGCAGCGUCGUUUUCUGGACCCGACAGCAGAUGGAUAUUUUUUCCAGAGGGACAAUCGUUCUGGCGAGAGCAUUGCAAGGUAUUCUUGUCCGGUGCCGCUGUCAGAAUUGGAAUUGCACAUUGAAAACGUCUUCAAGGCACUGAGCCAAUUCCGGAAAGAUCGCAGCGUUGGAGAGACUGAUGGUGGACUUGAAGUCGAAGGAAGCUCUGAGCUCGAAGCUUCGUAUAGGUGUGAUGAGAUCUGCAGUUUCAUAUUUUCCCAGUAUCUGGAUAGUGCACGCUCCUGGAAAUCACGUGCAGAAGAUGGUCGAAUAAUCGAGAAUUUUGGCACCGAGGCUGAUGGUCUGCUUCAGAAUGCGCUCGAAGAGUACGAUCGUGAUGCUGCAGCGUUCCGUCAUACCAAGACAUUCAUCAGGAAGCGAAACGAACUCCGCUCCUCCAUUUUGAAUGACCUACGUACCAUAUAUGCGAAACAGCUGCUGAAGCUCCGGGAGGUCGCGUUCGAUAGGUUCAAGCUGGCAUUGACUCGGAUCCAGGUAACGAAUAGGGUAGAGAAGGACGUAGAAAGGCAGAUUCGGGAGAAUGAGAAGUACUUUAUCGAACAGGCUGACUUACUCAAAUGCCGCGAUGCGCCACGCGGCGGAAACGCCUCAUCCAAUGCCGGUGCGCUUCCGUGGCGUCAUGAGAUUGAGCGUCGAGCACUUGUCGAUGCUAUGCGCGAAGUGGCAACAGAGCGACUCCAGUUUGCACGCCUACAGGGGGCGUACGUGCCCACUCAAAGGCAACCGGUUCAGUUCUCUUUUCAUUACCUGCAUCCGAAUCCAUUUGGAACAGACAGCCGUCAGGAUCGACUGACGUCAACGGACCCUAUCCGCUACGAUCCGACUGUAUCUCGUGUUGCCACUGUCCUCCGUGCUGGCUCGAUUCGGCCACAAACUGACAACGUUCGAGCUCCACGGAAAUCUAGGCAAGAAGCCGCGAAAACGAAGGUGCAAGGCACAAAAGAGUCUGCGGUACCAGCGAGAUCAUGA